AUGGCCUCCUUUCCCAAUGUCUACACACACCGAAAGGUGGCCGAAGCAGCAUCCAAACGAUGUGAGAUCUGCUUCAAGCCCAGCACGAGCGUGCUGGUGACGCCCGAUAAGCAGUUGCCCGUCCCCCCUGCUCCAGAGCAUGGCGCUCUGAUGAACAGCCGUCAGGAACGCAUCCCUGACUCACCCUCGCAACAGGACUUCUUCUUUGUCUGCCCCAGUCAUCUCAAGGACCGUGGGUUCUGCUCACCCAUCGUCGAUCAGGCCGCGAUCGAUGCCAAGAAGAAGAAGGACAUGGAAGCAGAGGUUGAGAAGGUGAAGAAGGAGUACGAGGAGCGUCAGCGCAAGAAGAAGGAAGACAGUGAGAAGUCCAAAGACAAGGACAAGGAGAAAGACAAGGAGAAAGACGGGGACGACAAGAAGACUGAUGAUGAUAAGGCCGACGAGUCCAAGGCUGAGCAGAAGGCUGAGGAAGAAGAACCAGCGGAAGAAGAGCCUCGCGUGUUUGCCUUGCACAGGACCUUCCAUCAGAAUCGGGUGUACCAGAAACGGCAGGCCGAAAUGGCCAAACGGAACCGAGAACGGAUUCAGAACCCAAACUUCUUCCCAUCCGUGCCCAAGGGGAAUCCUUGA